CGGUUAAAUAUCUUACAUAAAAAGCAGAGGAAAAAAAAGUUUUUUAUUUUUAUUUUUUAUUUUUUAUUCAUAUAAAAGCGACCUGAAUUUUCGAAAAAACAAGAAACGCUCGUGUCAUAAUUCAUUUACCACCAAUGAAUUAAUCCCCUCCAUAUCCUCUCCUUCUUUCUUCUUCUUCUUCUUCUUCUUUCUUCCCCAAUCCAAACCCAAAGAGCGAGAGGGAAAGAUUAAGACACACAGUUUUUUUUGGUGCUGUUAAAGACCAUAAAAUUAACCAAGAAAAAGAAAAAAAAAAAAAAAAGGUAUUGGCAUUUAUAGAGGAUACAUUAUCCGGUUCAAGGGGUUGGCUUGGGGAAGAACGACAUUUGAGUUUUGGAGGGAGAGGAAGUGAAGUGAUUCGCGUUCUGCUUCAAAGUUCAAACAUUUGAUUCCAUAUCUUCCUUCUCUGCAUAAACGUAAAAUACAACAAAAAGGAUUGUGGAGCUUAGAAACUGAUGCAUAAGAUGGAUAACACCUUUGAUGAGUCUUUCUUUGAUGCGAAGAAAGUUCCGGUACCACCUCCAUCGCCUUCUCGAUCAACCAUUUAUCCUAAGCGCCGGAUAAAUGAUGGAUCAUCAUUAAGAAGAUACAGCGGCAUAUCUAAAGAAACAAACGAUUUAUGGGACCGCCUAUUCGAUGAAGGUUACAGAGCAGAUGUAUCUGUUAGUACUGAUAAUGGUGGCAUCAUUUAUGCACAUUCUAAUGUUCUAGACACGGCUUCUCCUGUGUUAAAAGGGAUGAUAAAGACAUCAAAAAAACAAGGUCGUCGGCGAUCAAUCUCUAUCCGCGGUGUUCCAUAUGAUGCAGUUCGUGUUUUCAUUCGAUUUUUGUACUCUUCCCGUUAUGAGAAGGAAGAUAUGGAGGAAUUUGUGUCGCAAUUGUUGGUACUUUCACAUGUGUUUAUAGUACCCCAUUUGAAGCGAGAAUGUGAACAACAGCUAGAAUAUGGUUUGCUCAACACAGAGAAUGUGGUUGAUAUCUUUCAGCUCGCAUUGCUCUGCGAUGCACCACGGCUUAGCCUCAUUUGCCACCGUAUGAUCCAGAAGAACUUCAAAACUGUUUCUUCCACUGAAGGUUGGAAAGUAAUGAAACAUAGCCAUCCAGUAUUGGAAAGGCAACUUCUGGAAUACAUGAUAGUUGAAGAUAACAGACAAAAGGAGAGGAUCAAGAAGAAAAACGAGAGGAAAAUGUAUCUGCAACUUUACGAGGCAAUGGAGGCUCUUGUUCAUAUAUGCAGAGAUGGUUGUAGGACAAUUGGACCUCAUGAUAAGGACUUCAAGAACAACAAAGAUCCUUGUAGUUAUGCAACAUGCAAGGGAUUGGAAUUACUUGUUCGCCAUUUUGCUGGUUGCAAGCUAAGAGUCCCUGGUGGUUGCAUUCACUGCAAGAGAAUGUGGCAACUUUUGGAGUUGCAUUCUCGUCUUUGCGCUGACUCUACUCUUUGUAGAGUUCCUCUAUGCAGGAAUUUUAAGGACAGAAUUAGAAUACAGAGUAAGAAGGACGAAAUUAAGUGGAAAAUAUUAGUUAAAAAGAUUCUGAGAGCGAAGAGCAUCGCAGGAGGACCAUUCUUUUCGUGGGCAAUUGUCAGCUCCUAAUGAAAGCAAAAAAAAAAAAUUUAAAAAAAAAAAAAAAAAGCUCUGAGAAAUUGUGGUUUUGCUGUAAUUAUUCAUUAUAGCUGAGAACUUGCCUAUCAUGAUUCUGUAAAAAGGAAGCAAAGAAUCACUUCCCUA